AUGAAGCCGCAUAUCUUGCCCCAGAGGGUCGCCAGACUGAAUAAUGGAAAGAAGAAAGCUCUGAAGACAAAACAACAACCCCAAGUCAACCAGAAAGAGGCCCGACAAGUAGACCUGGAAGUUCCCGCAGAACAGACCGCUCUCAGCGAGCGCCCAGAGGCUGAGGGCCCAGAGAUCCAAACAAGCUGGCCCAAACUCUCAAUGUGGAACAAGAACCAUAUUCGCAACAUGCGGGAAAGCCGCCUGCUUCAAAUUCCGGAGGAGCUUCUCAUCAACAUCAUGCUCAAGGCGCCACCACACGAAUUGUUCAUGCUCCGCCAGACUUGCUUCACCUUUUUCCGUCUAUUUCAGGACGUCGCGUUCAAGGCCGCCCACGUUGUCCGAGAGAUCCAGGCACGAGACGUGGGCUGUAUGCCCGCUGGCUUUCGCUGCUACGGCCACGGGUGA